AUGUGUCCUUUUACGAAACAAAAUCUGAGUGAAGAAGAGAAAAGACAAAUUUCAGAGCAUUUACUUACCCAACAGAAGCCAAAUGUGGCCAAGGCGAGUAAGCAACAGGGGAAGAGCUUGAAUGUGAAGUCCAACAGAGAUAAGUGUGGAAGGCAAAAGUUUAUCCCUGAUCUUGAUAGGCUUAAAAGAACCCCAUGCCACAAAAAGCAAAACAUCAGAGCCGUAGCAUUUGCCUUGCAAUGCUCUAUUUUCACUGUUCAACGGCUGAUAAGGGAAAAAAUUACCAAAGCACACAACAAUUCAAUCAAGCCAUCACUCACAGAUCACAACAGAGUAACGAGGUUGGAAUGGUGCUUGCAAGCAAUUGACGCUAAUACAAUUGAUGACAACCCAUGCUUUGAAGAUAUGUACAACACUAUUCAUAUAGAUGAAAAGUGGUUUUACAUGACAAAAGGAAAGCAGAAAUACUACUUACUUGCGGGUGAAAAGAGACCAUAUAGACACUGCAAAAGCAAAAGAUUCAUUUCAAAGGUCAUGUUCCUUGCUGCAGUUGCAAGGCCACGAUUUAAUGCUGCUGGGGUUUGCACUUUUGAUGGAAAAUUGGGAAUUUUCCCAUUUGUUAAAUGGGUACCAGCAAAGAGAAGAAGCAAGAACAGACCGGCAGGAACCCCGGAGUUGAAAGCAAUGAAUUCAGUGACCAAGGAUGCAUAUAGAAGGAUGUUAAUCAGACAACUCAUACCAGCCAUUCAAGAGAAGUGGCCAACUGAUCAUGAAGGACCCAUUAUCAUUCAACAAGAUAACGCGACACCACACAUUCAAACAGAUGAGGCAGAUUAG